GUUGUGGGCGGGGCCGCGGGGCGCGGCCGGGCGCGGUGAUGGCGGCGGGGCCGCGAUGGCGGGAGCGGCUCUUCGCCCUGUACUUCCUCUCGCACAUCCCCGUCACGCUGCUGGUGGAUCUGCCGGCGCUGCUGCCCGCCGGGCUGCCGCCGCGGGGCCUGACAGAGUUAUUACAGUGGUACGCAACCACCUUUAGAGACCCCAUGAUGCUCCAGCCCCCUGAGUGGUUUAAGGCGUUUAUGUAUUGCGAAAUCUUCUUACAAAUGCCCUUCUUCCCUGUUGCAGUAUACGCCUUCUUAAAAGGCAGCUGCAAAUGGAUAAGGACUCCUGCAGUUAUCUACUCCACUCACGUAGCUACAACGUUGCUGGCUAUCCUUGCACAUAUCCUGUUCCAUGAUUUCUCAAAGUCCGAGCUCUUGGGACCUCAGACACAACGUGAGCGCCUAAUUCUGCUGUCUAUAUAUGUGCCAUACUUGCUGAUACCACUUCUGAUUCUUUUUACCAUGCUCUACAACCCCCAUUACAACCACGUGGAGAAAAGGAAAAGGAAGUAGUCCCCUCUAAAAGCUGUAUGCACAACACAUACUCGUUUUGAUUCAGACCCUAUGCUGACGUGGUCCCCUGGGACAAACAUCUGUCUGGUGGUGUUGGCUGCAACAGCUGUCACCAGGCAUCUGGCUCCUGCAAGAAAAAUUUGAAUUGUUUUGAGUUCACAGCUCCCCUUCAGUCAGAAGUGGCUUUGGCAGGAGCCUGCACUAGCAAUUCCGUGUGGUUUCUGGGCACACGCAGGUGGAAGGGAACUGGCUCCUCUCCCACCGUCAGUUUUGUGUGGUGCAUCUGUAAUAGGAAACUGAACUUUUAACCAUUUGAUGUGUAACUGGGGGUGGGGAGGGGGAAGGGGAACUACAACUGGUACUGUUCUUUUAGGUUCCCUUUUUCCAAGAUGACUGUUAGAAGACCACUUCAGUAAGAAAUUUGUCUUCGAAGAGCACAUUCUGCAAAACUCAUAACUGAUUACAUACAGAUUUGCAAAGCUAUGAUUUUGAAACAUUUCAAAUUGUAUAACAAUUCUUAACUUCCUCACCCCUUCCUUUAGAAUUUCAUCUUCCUUUGCUUCAAUUUUGAUUAAUUGUACGUGUCUGAUCAGUGGUAAAUGUGCCAAAAUCUGGAUUUAUGAAUGCUUAAAGUUAAUUUUGACAUUGAGGCAUACUUCCGAGAGGACUCUGAAGUACUUCAGGAAUCUUAAACAAGGAUUUGUAAAUUCCUCUCUUCCAUGAAAUCACUUCUAGUAUGGAAAUAAAUAACUGAACGCAUUAAACUGCAUUUAAUCUUGUUAAGGGAAUGACUAAAAGGAACUUAACAUGACCAUGAGAUUGUAGCUAGUUCACCCAGUAAAUAUAUGCAUAAGUUACAGUAAAUAAAGCCUGCUACCUACUA